AUGGAACAUGUAAAGCUUAAAACAUUUGGUGAAAAUGUGGAGGAAGAUGCAGAUGAUUAUUCAGAGCUGAUGUCAUUUAAAAAAGAAAAAUCUAAAAAGUAUGAUGUUGAAAGAUUAAUAAAGAUAUCAGCCAUGGCUUGUGCUUGUACAUUUGGAGUUGGAAGUCAUUUUGCAUCACAUAUCAUAGGUCCUUUAAAAGGAAUAUUAAUGGAGCAACUUGAUUUAACAAACACACAAUUUUCAUUAUUGGUUGCUUCAUUUACUCUAUGCAAUACUGUAAUACCAAUAGUUUCGGGUUUGCUUGUAGCGAGGUUUGGAACUACAACAAGCUCUUUAGUAACUACAACUAUAAUUUUAAUAGGAAUGAUAAUUGUAACCGUAGCGAGUUGGACCGGUGAAGUCGUUUCUAUGAUUAUUGGGUUUAUGGUGUUUGGUAUGGGUUUGGCUCCUUUAACUAUUGUUCAAGAAACAAUUAUUGUACAAUUCUUUCAAGGGAAUGGAUUAGGAUUUGCUUUGGCUGUUGGACUGAUAUUUGGAAGAUUGGCAUCAUUUUUUGCAACAAUUUUGGCUGUACCGCUAUCUUUAGUGCCACCAUUAACAUAUCGUACACCAUUUUUUGUAGCAGCAUUUACAUUACAUUGGGAUGAUAUAUUUCAACUUUCCGAUCUUUUUUGGUGGUCUCUUGUUGUAGGAUUAUUACUUGGAAUGACUAUCUCACCAUUUGUUCAUUUAUCAAGUGUUGAUAAUAUUGGUGCAACAUUAAGCCAGACAUUUGCAGGUCUAUUAUUAGAUCAACAUGUCAAAGGGAAAAAGUAUGAAAUCGAUGAUGAUGGGAUUGAGUAUGGGCACGAAGAUGAUGAUUUAGUAGCUGUAAGAAUGUUUGCUUUCCUAGCUUUUCUUUUGUUAUUAAGUAAUUUGAUAUUUUGGUGGGCGGAUAAGAAAUAUAAAGGUGGUAUUAUGAAUUCGAAUGAUGAUGGUAGCAAAAGCCAUAAUAAUAAUGAUGAGGUUCUUCAUGACUUUGAUAGUUAUGGUAAAUUAAGAGAUGAGGAGGAUGAAUAUGAGGAGGAUGAAGACGAUGAAGGCGAUGAAGUUACAAAAAGAAUGAUAGAAGUGAGUAGUAGGAGAAAAAUGCGAGAAAUAACUUCAGAUGAUAAAAUAACAUUUGGCAAAACCAUAUCAUUAAGAAAGAAAAUAAGGACAAAAAUUUACAUUGGACUGAUUGUUUUAAUGUUAUUGAUUUGUUGGGUUACCUUUGCAACCGUUGCUUUUGAAAAGGCCGGAGUACAUGCUACUGAUGAUAAUAACAAUAAUCAUUCAUGA